AUGAAAGAACAUCCGUUGCGGAACACGGAAAGUUGCUUUAAAUCCUCGCCGCCGUUCGUUUGGGUCUCCGCCGUCCAUUUCAAACCCGAGGGCACUUUUCUCACCUUUUCCCACAUGGCCGAGCACACGGUGCGCUGUGAAGGCGCGCUAUCGCAAAUACCAUCAUUUUUCUUUAAUAUCGCGACGAAAUGCAGAAGGAAAGGCCUUGUACAAAAAUUUAUCAGCAUAAAACCGUCUAUCACCAGUGAAGCAAGUGAAAAGGCAGCCAACAGUGCUAAGAAAAUCUGGCUUGCCGAAGAAAUUAAGUUUAAGCACAAGCAGGUGUCUAUGGCCAAUUAUAUCCUCUCCAUAUGCAAUUACUUAAAGAAAGCGAGUACCAUUCUACCGCCGAGUAGAAAACUCGAAGACGCACAGGGUUUGAGAGAAACGAGUGGCCCGCCCCAAGCGAUCGAGAAUUUCGUAGUGAAUCUCUCAUCCACGCAGUUCACACAACCAGAGUUUGAUCUGCUUAACAGAGGGUUAAAUUAUGCGGUCUCCCCCCAGCGUGCUCCGCUUUCUGAUAUAGUGAAUAACAUCGAAAGUGCUAUUCAGUAUGACCAACAAGGGUACAAAUCGGCAACUCGUUACAAUGUUAAACAGUGCGUUUUACGGGCGGCCGAAAAACAAAACAACAUCAUCGAGCGUCCUAAUUUCGAAACCUGGUGCACGAUUAGAAUGCUGAAAAGUCGUGAUGUUAUUUACUCUCGUGCUGAUAAGGGGAAUGCUGUGGUGAUUAUGGAUAAAAAAGAUUACGAUUCACGUGUCCUUGACAUCAUCGAUGCUGGUCCAUAUGAAGAGUGCAAAUUUAAGAAUGGAAAACAAAAAGAUCCCCUCAAUGGCAUGAUCGAGGAAGCAAACUCUGUCAGACACAAUGUAGCACGGCUGAUGGGUGAGGACAAGCUCGAAAGAAAAUUUCAUGUACCCAACCCGAUGGUGGCAUUACUGUACUGUCUACCGAAGAUCCACAAAAACCCUGUGGGAAUGCGGCCCAUCUCCUCAAACAUAAGAACACCCACGGAAAAAAUGGCCGGGUGGUUAGUAGAGGAGAUGAAGGAAUAUCCCGUGACCCACGGAAAAAGCGUUAAAAAUUCGGUGGAUUUUGUCAAACAGCUCGAAGGAUUUAAGGUAAGACGCGGGGAAAUAUUAGUAUCGUUCGACGUUGCAGCCCUUUUCCCUAGCGUACCCGUCGUAGAAGCUUUAAAAAGCCUACGACGACACUUGGAACGAAGUCGUGCGCCACAUCAUCACAUUGAGGCUUACCUUCUUGUUUCCGAAGUGUGUAUGAGGCAGAAUUUUUUCACAUUCAGGGGAAAAAUGUACAAGCAAACGUUUGGUUUGAGCAUGGGUAGUAAACUUUCACCUCUUCUGGCGAAUGUCUUCAUGAGCAACUUUGAGGUUGAAAUUGCAAAAGAAAAACUCUUCCCUCGAACAUGGAGACGAUACGUAGACGACAUUUUCACAUCGGUGAAAGAGCGCUACCUAGGCAAAACGCUCGACAUGCUGAAUUCUCGUCACGAUUCGAUCACAUUUACUUGUGAAAAAGAGGUGGAUGGAAAAUUACCUUUCCUGGACUUGGAGAUUACCAGGAAAGAAGACAACACCCUGAAAUUUGGAAUCUACCGCAAACCAACUUCCAUUGACCGUUUUAUAACGAGCGAUUCCAACCAUUUUGGUGCGCAAAAACAAGCCACCUUCCAUUCCAUGGCACAUCGCCUUUACAAUGUUCCCAUGGAAGAAGAAGAGUUUGCGAAAGAAGAAGAAAAUAUUUACAAAGCGGCCACAGUAAAUGGGUACGGGAAGGAAUUCGUGGAAAGGAUUCUUCGAAAACACAAACGCAAAAAAUACUUACUAGACAUCACAACACUACAACCGGAGAUAGACGACAUAAAGAGAAUUACUCUGCCAUUCUACCCCAAAAUAACGAAUCCGAUCAAAAAAACACUUAAAAAACAAGCACUACACAUAGUGUAUAAAAGUGAAAAUACCCUUCGUGAUUUGCUAUGUAACCUGAAGGACAAGAUUUCUCCCGAUGAGCAAUCCGGGAUUUAUGAAAUACCGUGCCGAGAUUGUCCUGCUGUAUAUAUCGGGCAAACUCGUCGAAAAGUUAAGGUACGCAUAAGGGAGCAUAGAACGGCAGUAGAUAACAGCAAACCAAAUGACUCAGCAGUAGCGGUACACACCACCAGCCUUGACCACAACAUCGAUUGGACGAAAGCAAAGCUGAUAAAAUACGUCCGAAAGUCAACACAACUUAACGCAUGGGAAUCAAUGUUCAUCAGCAACUCCCAGAAGCCGCUGAUGAACGAAGAUGAUCCCCCCAUCACAUCAUGUUUGUUCAACUUAACGGAGCUGAGAAUUUAG